AUGGCUAGGCCAAGUCAGCUCUGCCCUUUCUUCACCCCUCUCACUAAUGAUUUUAACUUUUCUCAAGAAACACCUCCCCCGGGGAUUCCAGCACCCACCCCGCCACCGCAGUCCCAGACACAGGCUUCUCACAAACCAUUCAUCAGACAACAAGAGCGAGCGGACAGUUUUGCCGAGGUGACGGCCUCUAAAGCCCAAGACCCUGCCUCCCCGCCCGCUUCAAUCGCCGACAGCGCCUCGAGGUCCAAGUCAGGGACUCUCAUCCCGCCCCCUCCCUCGGGAGACAGCCCACCCCUCCCCUCGGGCCGUCAAAGGAUGGGACGCCUUUCGAAAAUACACGCCCUUUUCCGGCCGAACUCACCGACGAAGGCCCGAAAAGAGAGAAAAGCGCACACGUCCUCAACUCUCCACCCAAAGCCCUGGCCUGCCACCCGACGGGAGACGCCACAAAGCACCCAGACCCGGACGCCGCCCGGCCUCAGGCUCCGCCAGCUCGCAGGGAAGAAUGGCAGUGACCCAGCACGGAUUGGGGACCCAGUCAGGCAACCCAGAAACGGGGAGAUUAUACAAACAGAUGUAAAGACCCACUUAACAACAAGUGUGAACCUGUCUACAAGGCUGGGACGGGAUAUGAGGUGCGAAGAAUCCAGUUUCAACCGAGUGGUGUAUCAGAAAAAGAUGCCAGCUCAGUGUUGGUUUGUGUUUUAUUUUUCACUGACCCUAUGGGUGAAGAUAUCCUUGACCGUUACUCCAUCUGAAUAUGUUCCAGUUCAUCCGACGUUACAUCACCAGAAAAAGAUAACUGUUUCCAGCAAGGCUUCUAAGAAAUUCCAUGGAAAUCUAUAUCGUGUUGAAGGAAUAAUUCCAGAAUCAACAUCUAAACUAUCUGAUUUCCUCUACAAACCUGAAAACAGGGUCACAUGGGACAAAUUAUUGAAAGUGUACAACAUGGUACAAAAAAUUGAUUCGCUACUAGGGUGGAUUUUCCAGCAUAUCCUCCAUCUUCAAAUUAUAUCCGUGGUUGUAACCAUGCUUGUGGCUAUAUAUGUUGACCUCUGCAAGAGAACCCAGCAUAUUCCAAACUAGUGAUGUUUGUCCAGACAGAAAUGAGAGGAAAAUUGGCCCCAUCAAUAAUUGAAGCAACCAUGCCUU